UAACGUGAAUGAAGUAAUAAUGUUAUUUAAGAUUUGUAUUGAUAUUUUGAUACUGUAUUAGUAGGAUGAUAUACGUUUAAUAUUUUUACUAAUUAAAAUUUUUGUUAGUUAAAUUUUUUUUUAGUUUUAAAACAUGAACGACUUUAGUAAAAAAGAUCUUGUGAAGUAUUUUGACGAUGAACGAAAAACUCUUCCAGUGACAUUAAAAAAAAAUGAACUAUGUAAAUUAAUUAAAGAAUACGAAACAUUAAUAAUUAUUGGGGAAACUGGAAGUGGCAAGACAACUCAAAUUCCUCAAUUUGUUUAUGAACAAGUUCUAGGUACUAAUGAAGAUGUUGUAGUGACACAACCAAGGCGAGUAGCUGCAAUAUCAUUAGCUGAACGUGUAUCAUUUGAAGUAAAUACUGAAAUAGGAGAUUUGGUUGGAUAUCGUGUCAGAUUUAUUGAUAAAACAAAUCAAUUCACUAAGAUAAAAUUCAUGACAGAUGGAAUGUUGUUAAGAACUGCCAUAUUAGAAAAAAGCUUGUCUUCAUAUGGUUGUAUUAUAUUAGAUGAAGCUCAUGAACGUACUGUAAAUACUGAUCUCUUAUUUGGUAUUGUUAAAAAAGUUCAGGCUAAUCGUAAAAAUAGUCAAAAUCCUUUAAAAGUAAUUGUAAUGUCUGCUACAAUGAAUGCUGAUUUAUUUGCAGAUUAUUUUGGAAAUGCUCAAAUUGUUUAUUUACAAGGUAGGCUUCAUGACAUAAAGAUUUUUCAUACUAAAAAAAAUGUCGAAGAUUAUUUUCAUGAUACUUUUGUUACAAUAUUUCAGUUACAUAAAGAAGCACCAGAACGUCACGACUUUUUGGUAUUUCUAACUGGGCAAGAAGAGAUUGAAAACAUGGCCUUAGCCAUUGAACAUAUAAAUCAAGAUCCUGCUCUUAGGAGCUAUCCUGUAAUAAAAGUACGAACACUUUAUGCAUCAUUACCUACCCAUGAACAAUUAAAAGUAUUUAUGCCUUUAGAAGCUAAUGAGUUUGCUAGAAAAAUAAUAUUAAGUACGAAUAUUGCAGAAACUUCUGUUACCUUAACUGGAAUCAAAUAUGUUAUUGACUGUGGAAAAGUUAAAGUACGUUGUUUUCAUCCUGAAACUUCAAUGGAUGCUCUAAAAAUUGAAAGUAUAUCUCAAGCACAGGCUGAACAAAGAGCAGGUCGUGCUGGCCGUGAAUCUGAUGGUUAUUGUUAUAGGAUUUUUUCUAAACAACAAUAUGAUGCAAUGUUCAAAGAUCCUGUGCCAGAAAUUCAAAGAUGUAAUUUAGGAACUGUAGUAUUACAAAUAUUAGCUAUGAAUAUUGAUCCAUACAAGUUUGAUUUUAUAAAUAAGCCUUCAAAUGAUGCAAUUAAUCAAGCUUAUAAAAUGCUUGAAAAUUUAGGAGCUACAAAAAACCAAUGUCUUACUGAAGUUGGUCUUAAAAUGACUAAAUUUCCCUUAGAUCCAAGAUAUUCUAAAAUAAUUCUUUCUUCUGUUAGUUAUGGAUGUUUAGAAGACAUUGUAAACAUUGUAUCAAUUUUAUCAACCGAUUCUAUUUUUGUAUCAAGUCUUUCAGAGAAAAAGAAGAAGCAGGCUGAAGAUGCUCAUAUGAAAUUUAAAUCAUCAAUAAGUGAUCAUAUAAUGCUUUUAAAAACAUUCCGUUCUUAUAGGAAAAUAAGAAAAGAUAUAAGAGCAAGUUGGUGUGAUGAUAAUUUCAUUAAUUAUCGUAAUUUAGAAUAUGCAGAACGUGCUCGUGAACAAUUACUUGAUAUAUGUCGGAAUUUACAUCUUCCAUUAGGUCUAUCAUGUGGAGAUAAUUUUGAUCCUAUCAGAAAAUGUUUGUUAACAGGAUUUUUUGAAAAUAUAGCAUAUAUAACUCAAGACAAAAAAUAUGUUACACUUAAUGCAAAAAAGGAAUGUAAAAUUCAUCCUACUUCAACACUAUUUCAUUCAUAUCCUCAUUGUAUAUUAUAUACAGAAAUUAUUGAAACAAGUCAACCAUAUAUGAGGUAUGUCACUGUUGUAGACAAAGAAUGGUUACAAGAUAUAGUUCCUAAUUUCCAUCAACGUCAUAAUUAUCAAAUACUGAUGAAUAAUGAAGUAUAGUCUUAAAUCAAUUAACUCACACUUUAUAAAUUUUUAAAAAUAACGAUUCUUUAACUUAUUUCUUAUUAACUGAUAAUAUAUUUAUAUUUUACAAUCCUAAUCAUUUGUUUAUUUUUAUAAAAACUUACCCAAUGGUAAUUAAAUAAAGAAUUG